AUGCUAUUGCAUGGAGCACCUGGAGUUGGAAAAACUACUACUGCGGAGGGCAUCGCGGAACUCUUCAAAAAGCCUCUGUUUCAGAUUACAUGUGGUGAUCUUGGGACCACAGCCCGUGAAGUCGAGGUGGAGCUUGAGAAGAACUUUGCCUUGGCUAGUCGAUGGGGUUGUAUUUUACUCUUGGAUGAGGCUGAUGUUUUCCUUUCUGCACGAAACCGCAUGGACUUUGUUCGAAACGGUCUUGUGGCCGGUAUCCUGUUCCUAACAACAAAUCGUAUUGGGGAUUUUGACGAAGCUUUUGCUUCUCGAGUUCACGUGAGCCUCUAUUAUCCCGAACUUGACGAGCAAAAGACGAUUCGAGUUUUUGAGCUCAACCUGGACCUCAUUCAGGAUAGAUUCAAGCAGCAGGGCCGGGAGAUCAGAUACGAUUCGUCUUCAAUCCAGGACUUUGCACGUCAACACUUCUUGAAACAUAGAUUUAGCCGGUGGAACGGUCGUCAAAGCCGUAACCUCUACUGCUCUGGCCUAGCCGAAUACGACAAGCAAGGAGAAGACCUUGAUAACAAGGUUGAUAAAAGCAUUCCAGAAGCAUAUCUGAGCUUUGCGGAGUAUCUAGGCGAUAUACGAGGUACCAAGGGCGAUCGCAGGGCUAUCGACUUUCAACUACGGGCGAGGCAGGAUACCCCGUACCAGACAAGGCCCAGUCGGUUUGCUCACAAGGCAGAAGAGAUGGCAUCUCAAGAUUGGCAAAAUCCUCCCACACUGUCGUCGUCUGAUUCUUCGCAGUACCGUCUAGCCUCCCAAGUAGAUCCAUUCCAUCCUAUCAAUCAAGUUCAUCCGCUCGCUGGUCAGGGUAUAAACAUGCCUCCUCAACAAUAUCAGCAUCAUCCUUACCAGCAGCCGCAACAACAGAACCAGCACUUUCAACAACAGCCAAUGACAACGAUGGAUAGUACAGGUUACAACGUACCAUCUGGCUCGGUGUAUGUGGGACAUGGUAACACCGACCCUCGCAUGAUGCAAAGUCAACAAUCCAACACGCAGUACAUGCAUUACCAGCAAGGAAGUCAGGGAGCUCCCCGCAACAUGAACCUGAAUCUCCAGGGCUCUCCUGUUCCUCAAAGUAGCUUCCAGGGACAUCAACAAGGGCAGAGAUACAGUAAUGGUCCCCAGGGUCAGCGCCUUACUUCACAUGUACAAGUUCCGUCAAUUUCAAUGGAGGAUUCCUCGUCUAACUACAAUUAA